GCUAGCAUGUACCCUUAGCUGCCUCGAUGAGUAUCAUCAGACAAUGUUCGGCUGUUUCUGCCUUUCUGGUCUAUAAAAGCGAAAGUAAAUGAGAUAUUAUGUCACAUGAUUCAGUUGACGAGGAGGAUCAUAAGGGGAUCAACUCUCUCGAAGGGACAACCACAGAACUUGGAAAGGGAAACGUGAUCGUGUGAUCGUGUUGUUUAGUUGUCGACCAAUUAUUUUGGGCCCUCGUCUCUCUCAGGCCACAUCCUCUCUCACCAGGAAGGUUGCGGCAGCCAUGUUGCCUGUGCUGGUGGUUCACGGAGGAGCGGGUACUAUCCCGAAGGAGCUUGUCGAGAUGUAUUCUGAGGGGGUACGGGUUGCAGUGAGGGCUGGUUUCGCCAUCCUGCAGGAGGGCAGGAGUGCUAUGGACGCUGUGGUGGAGGCGGUGACUCUGUUGGAGAACAACCCCGUGUACAACGCAGGCUGUGGCUCUGUGCUGAACGAGCACGGGAACGUGGAGAUGGACGCCCUGGUGAUGGACGGACGCACGCUGGCCAAUGGAGCCGUGUCAGCCGUCAGGAGGAUUGCCAACGCCGCACAGCUGGCCAGACUAGUCAUGGAGAAGACCAGCCAUGUAUGUCUGACUGGUGAAGGAGCCUCUAAGUUUGCCCGGGCCAUGGGAGUACCAGAGGUGCCGGAGGAGUCUCUGAUCACUGACAGAUCCAGGAAGCGCUGGGAGAAGAACCUGGCCCCUGGCGCUAACCCGGUGGAAAACCAGAUGGGUUCGAAGGGCACAGUGGGCGCUGUGGCUGUUGACUCCGAGGGGAACGUGGCCUGUGCCACCUCCACAGGGGGCAUGCUGAACAAGAUGGAGGGCCGUGUGGGGGACAGCGCCUGUGUGGGGUGUGGCGGCUACGCGGAUAACCGGGUGGGAGCAGUGUCCCCCACAGGGCACGGAGAGGCCAUCAUGAAGGUGACCCUGUCCCGGCUGAUCCUCUUCCACAUGGAGCAAGGGAAGUCUGCCCAGGAGGCGUCAGACGAGGCCCUGGCCUACAUGUGGGAGCGGGUGCAGGGGCUGGCCGGGGUGGUGGUGGUAGACCCCCGGGGCGGGUGGGCGGCCCGGUUUAACAGCCUGCAGAUGGCGUGGGCCGCAGCCCAGGGCCAGCAGCUGCACUACGGAGUGUACAGGGGAGAGGACUUAAUUCAGCCGCUGCAGGACCCGGACCACCACCAGCACUGAUAACACACACACACCUACCAUUUAAACAGUUCAACGUCUAGUGAAGUCAUACUUUACCAGUAACAUCCCAGUAUCUUUUGAUGAAUUCCAGUUUGCUUGCAGAUGGAAUGGAUGAGUUGCUGAUACUAUUUCUCUUGCUUGACAUACUACCUUGGAACAUAUGAUAAGAGGAAUAUGUACAGUGCAGUCUGUAUGUGUGUUUGGACGGUUGGUACAAUUUCUGUUCUUUUGGGUCUCUAGUCCAGCACAUUGGAUUUUAAAUUAAACAAUGAAUGUGAGAUUAAAGUAUAGACCGUCCCCUUUAAUUUGAAAGUAUAUACAUUCAUAUUGGGUGAUGCUUGUUGGAAUCACAUCUCUUUUUAUUCAUAGUCCCCCUCCAUUUUAGGGGACCAAAAGUAAUUGGACGGUUGGCUUCUCAACUGCUUCUGAUGUAUUUGAUCACUUCCAUAGUGCAGGUAUAAGAAAGCUUUGAGUAUCUAGUCUUGAUUCUAGGUUUUUGAUUGCUUUUGGACUGCACUGUAUUUUAGAAUGCUAUUUGUAGAUUACAGGUCUGAUUUCAACACAAUUAUUCCUGCUAAACUUAAAUUUAAGCAUAAAAUUAAAUUAACUUUCUGUGUAGUGUGUGUAACUAGAUUCUAGAUUUCUUAACUGGUAGAAAACAUUAAAUAAUUUUAAUUUUAAAACAUUAACCUUGCAUAUGUUUGGCAAAAAUAUUUUAUUCAAAUAUACUGUGUACGGUCAGAAGUUUAGACAUUAUUAUCACAUUGUACCUACUUUUGGUAAUGAUUUGAGAUUUUGCAUGAGUUACUCAUUGAAAUAAAGUAUCAGAAAGAU